AUGUCUCGAUUUACGGCCAUUUUUUCAAAUGACAAAUUUCAAAAAUAUGGAGUUGAUGAAUCAACUACUGUUCGGCAUUUUAAAGAAUGUCUUUGCAGAGAACAUGGUGUACCAUUCGAACGACAGCGAUUAGUAUUUAGAGGCAAAUUCCUUGACGAUGACAAGAAAUUGGCCGAAUAUAAUAUCCAGGGUCAUAAUAUUUUUCUUAUGGAAACUGACGAAUCAACUACAACUGCUUAUGCGACAACAACUGAUAAAAUCGCUUUUGCUAGCAGUAAUGAUGAAAAUACCUGCUCGCAAUUCAAAAAAGAUCAGAAAUUGUUGAAAAAGUAUUAUUACAAUUUUCCAGUUAUUAAUGAUGACAUGAAAACAUCUCUAGCUAAGGCUGAGCUGUUCACCGAACAGUUGCUCAGUGGUUUACCUUCUGGUGACCCUGCGGACAAAAGUACUCUCUGGCAUAUAUUAACUAAAUUAGAUGGAAACGAACAACGGUCGUGUCUAUUCUAUGAUUCUUCAAAGGAUAUGCGGCUUUAUGAUACAACUGGUUAUCUGGCAGACAACAAUCGCGAAGACAGACCAAUUGUAUUAACAUUAAAAAGCUGUUGUGGAUUAUACAAUUACACAAAUGAUGCAAGUGAUCUGGAAUUCAUUCAGCUACUAAAUAAACAUAUUGAAAACAAAUAUCCACACCCAAUUGUCGAUGACAUACUGCAACGUUUGUCACAAGCACAUCGUAUCGAUAAAAGUCAUGUUUCAAUUAAACAUAUCGUUUAUGGAUCAAUCAAUAUAGUUUAUACAGUCUCAUGUCUAGAUGCGAAUUAUUUAAACCAAUUACCAGACAGAUUAAAAGAGCAAUUCGAUCAAUUUGAAAGUGUCAGAGUUCAUCCGUUGUUAUUCCGACCAUCGUUCGAUAUCAACUUCUUUGAUCAAUGUGGCGAUAGAAGUUUUUAUGCUGGACAACAUACCUUUAAAAUAGGGCCAGUGGGACGCGAGAAAGCUUAUAGACAACCCAUUGGUUGGACGAGAUACGGAUUAAAAGUUUUAGAGAAAUACGGAACAGACCAUACAUGGUUAGAGCCGUUUCGUCAUGCUGGAAAUUGGUACAGAGCUUUUCAUGGGACGGGUCGUGUACAAUCGGAGGAUUUUAAUGGUUCUAUACGAUAUUGCGAUAAGGAUUUUGCACCUGUAGAUGCUAUUGCUAGCAUCAUGCAAAACGGUUUUAAUAGAGCCAGGGUCGUACGUCAUGGACCAGGUGUUUACUGUUCACCAAAUCCAGCGCUUCCCGAAGAUAGGAGAUAUGUUCGCGUCGUCAAAAUUUCGACUCAGCAAGGAGAAAAAGCAUUCAAAUGUAUGUUACAAGUGGCAGUUAAUCCAGAUGGUGUCCUUGUAAGUUCCAAUGAAGACAUAUGGGUCGUUCAAAAUCCGCAAGAUAUUCGAGUAUAUGGUAUAUUGAUCAAGGAAGUCAACGAAGCCAAUAGACCACAAUGCACUAUAUCUUAG